AUGGCGGCCAUUUUGAAGAAGACCUCCUAUAUAAGCGCCGGUGCUUUGAUACAUGAAAGUUGGAUUAUAACUGGAGCUGAUUCAUUGUAUAUGAUCAGAGAUCUUUCUCGUAUUCUCCGCGUGCGCUUGGGCAGCAUCAACUAUAAGAAAGGAGGGUUUCUCUCUCCAGUGAAAUACAUUCACAUACAUCCACUCUUCGAUGACGACAAGCCCCAGUUUGACAUAGCGUUAAUCAAGCUAGCCUCGCCUCUGCGGCUGACUCCCAACUUAAACCCAAUCAAGCUGUUAAAGAAACCACGACAAAUAACUGCUACUCAUUUUAUUGUAACAGCCUGGCCUGCUCCUCUUCAGGGUUCAAAGAAUCAUACAAGCCUGGGUUCCGUGGAGUUGUUUAAAAGACGUAUACUGACAAUAUCACACGUCCAUCCCUUGGAUGCAGACGACUGUGGUGAUCACCUGGAAGCCCAGGGAAUAAAUAAUACGGGAGGUGUAAUGUGUUUGGACCCACCGGUCCAUGGAGAUCCUUGUCAGAGAGACACUGGGGCUCCAAUGGUCUUAAAUGGAAUUCUAUGGGGCAUUAUUUCCUCUUGGAGAUCCGAGGACUGUCAGAUGGAAAAUGGCGCCACCUUCGUCACCCUCGUCUCCCAUGUUAAUAUCAGUUCGUGGAUACACGCUACUAUCCAUGGGCAUAAAGUAACUAAGAAGCACGGCAUUGAUUAUGAUGACAAUUUCAUUUAG